AUGAUAGUUCAGUAUUUCGCUGUUUUGUUGAUUCUCUGUUUUUCUGGGGGAUCGCUGGAAACAACCAUCUCACCUCAGCAACAAAACACCGCAAAUUUAAAAGACUUAUGCGAGGUAUGAAAUAAUUAUUUUGUUUUUGCUGACAUUUCUGGGUCAUUACUGGGAAAGUGGGUGAAAAAACAUUGCAUGAAGUAAUAUACAUGCAUACAGGCGCAAUCUAAAGCCCCCUUUUUCAUAGCCUACCGUACUCCCUCUGUGUCUUAUUAUUUUUUUAGUUGAUAUUGGUGUUGAUAUUCGUCCAAAUUUUGGUCUCACGUCUUGUAAUCAGACUUUUCCCACACACUUCUACACCUCUGAGAAGUUUAGAACUAAGUAAAUAAUGACAAAGUGUUCUUGACCAGGGGAAAAGUACGACAAUAUUUUAUAUAUUCUACACCUUUUACUAGUGUAGAAUAAGGGAUAAAAUAGGAAAGCAGGGUUCUUUCACACUUCCACAUCUCAGAAAAGUGUAGAACUCAGGACGAAAAAGAACAGUAGGGAUAUUGUGGCCAGCUCCUGACAUUUCUGACCUUUUAAAUAAUUUAUUUGUCAGCCUGUCUCGUAAAAGACGGGUAUGGUUAGCCGGUCAUAUCAUAUCAAUAAAAUUAUAGCGCUGUGCUUUUUUCAUUGACGUGAUUUAUUAUUAUUAUUAUUAUUAUUAUUAUUAUUAUUAUUAUUAUUAUUAUUUAUUUAUUUAUUUAUUUAUUUAUUUAUUUAUUGACUUUUAAUUUUUUUAUUAUUAUUUUUUUUAUUUCCUACAUUAGUAGCCGUGGAUUAACUGAAGUCUUACAACCCAUUUGACCCGAUCACUUUCUCUAUCGUUAUAAAUAGCCCUUUCUUAAAUAAGCUCAUGUUAAAAAAUUCAUUUUAAUUUUCAGAAAUCUAUCCUGGGUCAUGGUUUUCCCGGCAUUCUAGGGUCAAAUGGCAUGCCUGGAAUGCCGAGCAUUCCUGGACCGCAAGGACCCCAGGGAAGGAAAGGUGCAAAAGGACAGAUCUGUGAUAAGGGAUCGCAAGGAAUGCCGGGUCCAAGAGGAGACAGAGGGCGCGAAGGGCCUCCUGGGAAGAGCAGACCCCAUGGAAUAAAAGAUGAAACGGGACUUGUGGGAAUGAAAGGAGAGCGAGGCAUUUGGGAUCGCAAGGAAUGCCGGGUCCAAGAGGAGACAGAGGGCGCGAAGGGCCUCCUGGGAAGAGCAGACCCCAUGGAAUAA